AUGAUAGAUGCUGCAAGUGGAGGGGCACUUGUUAACAUGGCUCCUCAAAGAGCACAAGACCGUUUGGAGUCCCAAGGUAAGUUGUCAUCCCAAACUGAGCCUAAUCCUCGACACAAUGUAAGUGUUAUAACAUUGAGGAGUGAGAAGGUUUUGGAACCUGUACCUAGCACAAGUCGUGCCCACGAUGCUAGUCAAGAUGAAAAGAACCUUGACACAGAGGCUCUAGUGGAGUUAGCACCACAAAAAUCAUUUGCAGUACCACAUCCGUUUCCUGGAAAACUUGUCCAAUACAAGAAGGAGCGAGAAGAGAAGGAAAUCCUCGACACCUUUCGAAAAGUAGAAAUAAAGAUACCUCUUCUUGAAGUGAUUAAGCAGAUUUCACAGUAUGCAAGAUUCUUAAAAGAAUUAUGCACGAGUAAGAGGAAGCUAUUGGCCAAUGAAAAUGUGAGUGUCGGAGAAAAUGUCUCUGCCGUUCUACAAAGGAAAAUACCACCCAAAUGUAAAGACCAAUGUAUGUUUUCCAUAUCUUUCAAAAUAGGUAGUGUCGGUAUUAAAAAAACCAUGUGUGACUUAGGCGCAUCAAUUAAAGUUAUGCCUUUAUCAAUUUAUAAACUACUUGAUGUGGGUCCUUUGAAGGAAACAUGUGUAAUUAUUCAGCUUGCAGAUAGAUCUGUAGUGCAUUCGGAAGGAGUGCUGGAGGACGUUCUUGUUAAGGUAAACGAACUAAUAUUUCCUACAGACUUUUACAUUAUCAAUAUAGAGGAUGACAACUCGGCCAAUUCGUCUGACAUACUUCUUGGGAGACCAUUCUUGAGUACUGCGCGAACAAAAAUUGAUGUUUGGAGUGGAACACUCACCAUGGAAUUUGACGGUGACGUGAUUAGGUUUAAUGUUUAUGAGGAUAUCCCAACGAUAAGUUACAAAUCGUGCAUUGCAGGAAUGUAG